AAAACAUAUCACAGUCGUUUUUAUACACGGGCGAGAAGACACGUUUCUUUCGUAUACUACUCUCUAUAAUUACUACAGUAAAAUACUGGAACCACUUUAGUUCUUGAUUGUUUCUUAUUUAUUUAUUUUAAAAUGGAUAAAUGGAUAGGAAAAGUUGCUAUAGUAACAGGUGCUUCUUCUGGUAUUGGAGAGGAGACUUGUAAGCAAUUGGUUGAAAAGGGAAUGAUCGUUGUGGGAUUUGCUAGAAGAGAAGAUAGGCUACAAGAAUUACAAAAAAAGUUAAAGGAAAACUUUUAUUACGUAAAAGUAAAUUUGUGUUCAGAAGAAAAUAUUCUGGAAGCUUUUAGGUGGGUUAAGAGCACACUGAAAUCCGUGGAUGUUUUAAUUAACAAUGCUGGAGUUUUUAAAAUGAAUGAUUUAUUAGGAAAAACAGAAGAUUGGAAGAUAAUGUUUGAAACAAACGUUAUUGGUUUAAAUAUUUGUAGCAGAGAAGCUGUUAAUAUUAUGAAAGAACUGAAAAUAAAUGGGCAUAUCAUAAACAUCAAUAGUAUUGCAGGUCAUUUUAUAAUUCCAAUUAAAGAUGCAUCAUUCUACUCUAGCACCAAGUUUAGUGUCACUGCCAUUACAGAGUAUUUGAGAAUGUUAAUGUGUUCGCAAAAUUUACCUAUCAGAGUCACGAGUAUUAGUCCUGGGCUCGUUAUGACCGAAAUGGCAGAACAAUUUAUACCACAAAAUUCGGGUGAAAAUGAAGCACUGUUACCUAUUGAUAUAGCUGAUGCUAUUUUGUUUGUAUUGAGCGCACCACAACGUGUUAAUGUUUCUGAAAUCACUGUAAGGCCAUCAUCUGAAAAAAUUAUACAUGAUGGUAUGAAUAUUUUGAGUAAUUAACUCAAACUAAUCACUAUAACAAUAUGCAUAUAUUAUUUAAUCAAUUAUUUUUAGAUGGUCAAAAUAUCAUCAAUAAUUAAACGUA